UUUUGUUAAAAAUCAUAAAAUAGGUAUAAUAAAUUCGUUCAUUAGUAUGCCAUCAAAACGUUUUUAAUAGUAGAAGUGUUAUUUUAAUCGUGAAGUUUAACUGUUUUAAGAAUUAUUUGUAAUGUACCUAUAAAAACAAAAUAAUUACUUAAUUAGUGUUUACUAAAAUUUACAAUAUUUUAACCAAAAGCAGAGAAUUUAAUAAGUUCAUGAAAUUUUUUAUAAAGAAAUCCAAAAGAUACAUGUACUUACCUACCAAUAAGCAAUUAUCAUUUACCUGGACGUUGAGCGCAAAAAAUUCGGUUUAUUUUUUGCAAUUGGAAAAUCCUCAGAUUGUGAUUUGAAUAAAAAAUGUUGACAAUUCUCAGAGCUCUAAUACUAUUUUUUCAUUUAAAACCUGAAAAAUUAUUAAAUGAUGGAAUCAUGCUCUGACAACUCAGAUCAGAUUCAACUGCUGAAAACAUGAAGAAAUCUUGUUAUCAUAAAGCUUUACAAGAGAUGACUAAAAUAAAAUUAAACUAUAUACAACUAUAAACUAAAUAUAAAAUUUUAAUUUAAUUAUUCAUUUGUAAAAGAAAGUUAAAUAUGGCACCAAUGCCAGUUAAUAAAAGCCCUCCAUCAAAAGCACCAACAUUCCUAUUUUCCGUUGCUGAUUCAGAUGAUUCCAGCCCAUCACUUUCAAGCCCACCUAGUACAGAUGCUCCAAAAUCACAAUGCUCGUCGUUGUCAGAAGGUGAGCCUUUCGAAGGAUUUGGAGAAAAUGAAGUAGGUGGCAGUGGACGUGGGGGCGGUGUUUGUGUACAGCCAAACAAUAGUAAUACUGAAAAUAUAAGUUCAAGUGGAAACAGUGUGCACGUUGAUCAUCGAAGAAAUGACAGUAUUAAUAAUAACGGUGGUGUAGAACUGGAAUUAGCACCACAUGGUAACUCAACUCCAAGCGGAGAAGAGGAGAGAGCACUAAUAUCAAGGCAUAGUUGGGCCCGAACAAGUUUGCGCAGAACUCCUACAAGCAAUCCCGAUAAUAUACCAAAUCGUCGUUGGGGAUCAAUGAGACAUUCGCUGUUUUUCAUACACUCGUUUGUUUACAAUAUUUUAUUUCGUUUUUGCCUACACAACUCUUAUUACCAUCUAUUACUUAAUAAAAAUAUUUUAAAAAUAGUGGAAGGGCAAGCAAAUGAGAGCUAACGGCUUGGAACGCAUUGCACUGGUAAAAAAAUACAUAUACUUUGAUAGAUGCU